GAGAGAGAGAGAGAGAAAUCGGAGUGAAUCGUUGCUCUUUUCUUUCUUCUUGCUCGAUUUCCAGAGAAAACGAAAGAUAAAGGAGGUUGGAUUUCGAGGGUUUCGUUUUCCUUUUUUUCUUUUUGGUUGUCGAUCGUUUUCCAGUAGAAGGGGAAAGAAAGAAACGAAAGAAUAGAGAGGAUGAGCGCCGCUUGGGUUUCAGAUUGAAGAUAAGUAGGGUUUCGUUUGCCAAUUUUGCUUUUAUACCUAUAGCCUCCACGUAAAAUGACCGACCUACCCCUCCAAGUCUUAAAUCGUAAAAAAGAACUUCUGUGGUUUCGAACCGAUGACCUUCUGUCAAAACCUAACAACAACUCGCCAAACUGGACCACUAAGCUACAUCAUGAUCCUUGAACCUUUUAGGCCCCUCGUCUAUUUUUAUUCCUUAUCAUGCUUAAUACGUAAUCAAUUAAACAUAUUAGAAAAUUUUAUCUAGUUAUAUCGUCAUUAUUUUCAUACCUCAGAAUCUUCUAAAUAUCUUUUUCAUUAUGUCAUUACGCAUUUGUAUUUUUUUCUUUCUCUUCUAAAGGUUCAAUAAAAUUAAAUCUUAGUUAAUAGAUUAUGAUUAUUUUUAUAGUGUAAUCUUUCCAUAAUCAUUAAUCAAUUGAGUCCAACUAAUCAUAACUUUUCAUUUCUCAAGAUGUAUGUAAAUAGACAUGGAUCUCAUCGUAUGUCGAUAGCAUACGAAAUUUAUUUUAACUCAAUAGUCCAAUAGGACUUUAAAUUAAAUCAUUAACAAUUUAAACACCUGACCCUUAAAAACUUAUCGAUUUAAGUAGUACCAACUUUGGGCGUUGUGGGGUGUGAAUACACUUCCCUACACGUAACCGUACUCCCGAACCCAAAUAUCCUAAUUCGCAGGCCAAAUACCGGUUUCGACCCUAAGGUCGAGACCGGUCCAAAUGAGUGUUCGAUCCACCCCAAGUAAGGUCGAUGGCGACUCCGAUUCAAUGACGCGACGGGCCCUCUGAUCCCGAGGGGCGGUUGCGACAGUGGCGACUCCGCUGGGGACAUGUUGAGAGUCGAGCUACAUACUUAAAUUGAUAAGCUUUUCUUACAUUCUUUUUGGGUGUUUAUUGCGCUUUUUAUUUACUUUGUAUUUAAUUUCAUUUCGUACUUAAAAAGCUCUAUACCCGAGCUCUCCCUUUAGAAAUUUCAAGGUGUAACGUGACUCCUACAAUAGUAGGGGAAUAUCGUGAAACUUACUAACCAAGUUGAACUCAAAUCCGAGGUUGAUUUGAGGUAUCCGGCUAAGCUUGAAAGAGCAAUAGUAGGAUACAACUUGGGUAUUUUCCUAGAUACCUUUACCAACCAUUUAGUAAGCUUAGCAGCCGCCCAACACCAUCUCGUCUAAACCAUGUCGUCAAAUCUUCCAUAACUUUUUAUGUUUAUUUAAUUAGAGAAAUUUUUUUUAUAUAUGUUUGCUUGUGAUGUGAUAAUUUGUGCAUUAUUGAUUACUCAUAAAUAAUGUGAUUUUAUUAUGCACAUAAAAGCUUUUCAAAAUUCAUGACAUUAGCAUUCAUCCUAUUCAAAAUCAUAAAAGAUGAAGCACAUGCAUCCAUUUAAGUCAUUUUUGCAUUUACACAUUCACAUCAUUUAGCAUCAUAAGCAUCAUAUAUACGAAACCGUUUAACAAAUAAUAAAUUUGUCAGGGUUCCUUAAAAUUGCUCGCCUACCAGGAAAAAGUCAGCCUUUUAAGCACUUCACUAGAUCAAAACUCAAGGUCUUCAUGGAGGCAUUUCAGAAAGAGAUAAAUGACAUAAAUGGGAAGCUAACGGGGUUUGAUGAGAAACUGACGGGAUUUGAUGAAAAACUGGCGGGUUUUGAUGAGAUGAAAGGUCAACUCAGCACAAUUUUGAGCAUACUAUCAGGAAAAGGAAAGGGGGUUGCAACUAACGAAGAAGAAGCGAUAUUCGACGAAGAAGAUCACUAUGAACCACCUAAAGGAGAUGCCUCAGGUAGUAAAUUUAUUCUCAUACCUUCGAAGAACACAUGUGACGAAGAUGUCAUGGGACAACCAAAGCAUGACAAAUUAGAAGAGACUGAGAAGCAGGAGGAACAUGGGGUUGAUGCUAUGCUAAAAGAAAAAUUGGAACACAUGAAUGAACGAAUAAGAAGCAUAGAAGGAUUUGAAUCCUAUGAGCCUAUGGAUGCAUCGCAACUAUGUUUAGUCCCAGAUGUCAUAAUUCCUCAUAAAUUUCAAAUGCCUGAAUUUGAAAGAUACAAUGGCACUACUUGCCCAAGAAGCCAUCUAGUCAUGUUUUGUAAUAAAAUGGCUAACUAUAUUCGUGAUGAAAGGUUGAUGAUACAUUGCUUCCAAAAUAGCUUGAGCAGCUCCGCGCUGAGAUGGUAAUGCAAUUAGAGAAAACGAAAGUGAAAAGGUGGCAAGACCUAGCCGAUGCAUUCAUGAGGCAUUACAAGCAUAACCAGGAUUUGGCCCCAGAUCGGGAGGAUCUACGUAAUAUGGAAAAGAACGAGAAAGAAUCAUUCAGAGAGUAUGCUCAUAGAUGGAGGGAGAAGGCGGCAGAUGUUCAACCCCCACUGUCAGAAAAGGAAAUGGUGUCAAUCUUCUUCGGAACAUUGAGGGUUCCGUAUUACAACAACAUGGAAUUACCACAACCAACUUCGCGGACUUGCUAGUGAUUGGAGAGCGAAUUGAAAAGGGUUUGAAGCAAGGCCGGAUGGAAAGUCCAGAAGCCUCAAAGAAACCAUACCAAACUCGAAGGGGAGAUGGAGAGAUUCAUUCUGCUCAAGAAGACUCAUCCAGAAGAGGAAGGUGGAAUCACCAACCUCAAGACAAUCAAGCUAAUCCCUAUGUUUCAAAUACCGCAUUGAUUACUCAACGUCCGAAUUUUCCUACUCAAUCACCAAUGACCCCACCUCAUAAAAUCUCAAGACAAGGGGGCAACAUAAGACGCAUUCCCCAAAAUGUACAAAAGCCACCACUAUUUUUUUUUUUUUUUGAGAAAGCAAGAAUUGCUCAAGGAAAACCAUGAUAAUUUCCAUUAGGAUCACUCUGAUCCAUCAUUUAACCUAAUACUUCGGGGGCAAGCCAAGAUCCCUUUACAAGAAACUUCAGAGGACCACAAUCAGACUUCGUAAAAAUCUCCUCAUUUGAAAAACCAUUACCCCGAACAUAUUUGACCAUCAACAUAAAGGAAGGCCUCUCAUAGUGACCUGAAUCUUAAUGGUAGCUGAAAUGUCAUAUGAUCAAAGCACCCCUAGGAAUGAGUGACAGUGAAAUCAAGCGUGACAUCAAAAGUGAGAGUAGAGUUAGUGCUUAUGGAUAUUCUUAUGGCUUGACUUGCUCCCUUCCCACUAAAAAAUGAAAAAACAAAUUUUAGCAACAUGACAAUAACCACACAACGAAUUUGUAUCCAAUUCUUGCACAUUUCCCUCAAUCGAAAAUUUUAACACCAAGUUCCCAUGAUACUUUUCUAUCCACGUUUGUCAUACAUUUUUGCACUCAUCUUAAGUUAAGUUUGAUAAAGUCACUCUUUGUUCCAUCGAAUAGAAAGUGAACGACAGAUCUUUGGGGGCAAGAAUAGUGUUACCUCAAAGGAGAAGCAUUAUGAAAUGCUCGCAAGCCAAAGUACCCAACCUUUCAACUCAACAGUUUAGAAAUCUCAAAGAUCUUGAGAGCACCUUCAACUGCGUUCAACCAAUCAGUUACCGCUCCGUGACAAAAGGGGCAUGCUACACUACAUCAGUGAAAUCAAAGAGUCCUUCUUUGGACAAUGAGAGGCCCAAAGGUGGCCUAAUUAAGAGCUCGCACUAUUGAGCGCAAUUGGUGAUCAAGGUUACAAAAGACAAUGACACAAGUUCUUGUGGGAGCUCAAUUUUAAGGAACCCAAGGAGAAAAAAAGCAAAAAGAAAAAAUUCUCAAACCAAUUGAUAAUGCAUUACAUCAUUUUUUUUUACAAUAUUCGUGAUUUUAUCAUUCAUUAGCAUGACUCAUCACACGAUCAUUUUUAAAAUCAUUAGACAACAUCAUCAUAUCACAAUCAUGCUCAUUAACAUACAUUUCCAAACACAUUUUGAUAUUCGUCGAGAUUUCAAGGAAAACAAUUAUAUUUCCGAAUUCAUAAAAGUAUGACAUUAGC